GAAGGUGCUCAUAUAAUUGAUUUCUUGUGCAACUAAUUAAAAUACACUUCAUGCUGUCCCUGGCAUGCCCUUCACAUUGUUAUGUUUUAGGGAAUUAAAAAAUACAUGGAGAGCUGGAAGCGAGUUUGGUGUACGUUGUGAACUAACAGGAUAUGAGUACUGAAUCGAGUCCGACCUUGAUAUUGAGCUGAUAAGUCACAGUUUGCUCAAGGCAAGCAAAUUUUCUCAUCACGUUCUUGCUGUCUGCAAGUGCUCUAACACGUCUAAUAUUUACCAUGAAAGUCAAAAUGACCGUUGUCAUAAUCGCCCUUCUACGUCGUAGGCGGUGUUCUCAUGUUAUGCUGGCAUUUGUACGGUCGUUUCAAAGAUCUUUGUCGAUUUGGUUUGUAACAGAAUUUUGAUUGGGUUUGCAACAUUUGAGGAACGUGGUUUAUCAAUACAUUAAAAUACUAUUUACAUCUACACAGCAAAUUGAUUUAUAUAUUAAUAUGGCCAUAUUUAAUACAUAAUUAGAAAACAGUAUCAUUUGUUGUGUAGAGGAAAACCCUAUUUUAUGUACCAUAUUCCACAACAGGAUGCCUUAUUUCAUGAUGACCUUCCAGAUUACUCUGUAAUUUUCUAUGAAUUUCGAGAUUAGUUGCCUAUACAGGUUUUUUCGUUUUGUAUGAACUCGUCGUAUAGUUGGAUGAGUACAGGUCUGCUGCUGUCAUGACUAAUUUCUGUUGCUCAAAUGAUUGAAUGGCGCAUACAUGAAUGUGAACAUGGUGUGUGCGUGUGUGUGUGUGUACUUUAAAAGCUGUCCUAGUCGAAAACGAGAUUUGAAACAUUUUUUAAGUAUGGUUUGUUGUAAUAAUAUAAUCUUGUGUAGGUAACAGUUAUCGUUGUAUUGGCAGCAUUUACCGCAGACGUGUUUCCUCUUGUUCAAGUAGCUAAUCUGAGCGAAACGUAGCGGAUCAGAUCGCAAGAAAUCUUCCAGAAGAUUGUCGUAAUUAUUAUUGUGAUAUUUUCAUUGCUAGAAUUCGAUCGAUUUAUUCGUCUGUAACGUCGUUUGAACUAUACUGUGUUCAUGUCUCUAAAUAAAGUAUUAUAUACCUUUCAGAUCUGUGAAUUUAGCCUUCAUUUACAGUAAAUCGGCACGGCAGUGAAAGUAAGCUGAAACUGAGUUAGUUGAUGUUGGUUUGUUCGGACUGAUUGUUCAAUGAGCAGAAAGCAAUAAAACCAAAUAAAAGUGAUCUUGACACAUUGUAUUACAUGGUUGCUGUUGAUUAGGUUUGCGAAUUGUCGGUUUGGACGCAGAGUAACCAACUUUAAGUUGAAGAUCCCAAGCUAACAAUGGGCAGUAGUCAGCUGUACAGUUUGACUUGGGGAGAAUUUGGGACUUCCUUGGUUUCUGCAGUUCAGUUACUACGUUGUCAUGGUGAUUUGGUGGAUGUCACCUUGGCAGCAGGUGGGCGUAGUUUUCCUGCUCAUAAGAUUGUGUUAUGUGCUGCAAGCCCCUUCCUACUUAAUCUUUUGAAGAGCACUCCUUGUCAACAUCCUGUGGUGAUGCUAGCAGGAGUUACAGCAUCUGAUUUGGAGGCUUUGCUUGAGUUUGUGUAUCGUGGUGAGGUUAGUGUGGAUCCGAACCAACUGCCAUCACUUCUACAGGCCGCUCACUGUCUGAACAUCCAAGGCCUGGCUCCAGGCACAAUUAGUGGUGAGAAAGCAGAAGAUAUUAACACAGUGCCAGCUGCUCAUGAGGCUCUAACAAGAGAUGUAAUAAAUUCAUUCCUGCCGAUACGUAGGAGGAAGCGCACCAAGCGAAGGAAUUCAUCAGGGUCAGGUAGCAAGUGGGCACGUCAGGAAAAUAUGGCAGCAGAUACAGAAAACAGGCCCAUGGAACAGCAGAAUCCUGGAGGUGCUGGUGGAGGGGUUGCAAUGUCAUCAGAACAAGAUGUCCUCAAUAUUCCUGAUGUGCCACGCAAGACUGAAGACACAGAAAGCCACAACCAAACUGGAGAAGAAACUGCAGCUGUGAAGAAGAAUAGUGUAUCUGACCAACCUGCUACUUGUCCUCUGUGUGGUGCCACGCUACGCCAGUCUCGAAACUUGCGUCGACACUUAGAACUGCUUCACUUUGGUAUAGGGAGGUCAACUGUCCGUGUGCGAUCACGCAAAGGCAGUAUGCAGCAGCAGCAGCAGCAACAACAACAACAACAGCAGCAACAGUCUCAACAAAUGGGGCAGUCAGGACAAGAUAUUUCUGCUCCUCACACUCCUCGAACUCCGCCCUCUGUUCCCUCAUCUAUAUCACAGCCAGAUCUCCACAGUCCCCCUCCCACAGUGUCACAGGCCACAAGCAUUCACAGUCCAGGUCUUGGUUUGGUGCUGCCUACACAACAGAUGGCUCAUGUGUCAACUGGUCCGCAUGUCAUGGUUCUUCCACCAGUGUGUCAGAAUGGACAAGCUUUACGGAUUCCUCGCCACGAAGAUCUUCAGCAGCAACAGCAACAGCAACCGCCCUCAGGACAACAGGAACGGCCUGGUGGCUCUGGCUUGUGUGAUCCUGCACCUGUCCUAGGAUGUAUGCUUCCUCCUAUGCCUUCUCCGCAUGAUCCUCUGUUUCGACAGCAUCACACGGACUUGUUAAGAGGAGCAGGAUUGUAUGCGGAGACAAGGACUCCCGCACGCACCCCUGGUAAUCCUGCAGGGAUGCGGCAGGAGGUAGCAUGAGGCUACGAGGCAUGGGAAUCCACAUUACCACCAGACCAUGGUUUCUAGUGGUUGCUGUGCUGGACUGGUCUCAUACUGCUCGUUGCGCUGUUUUGUAGUUUCUGAGCGAAUUCACAAAGUAAGGCUUGUUACGUUGUACUGCUGGAUUGAGUUUCAAAAGGAUAAGGUCUGGAAGGAUAGCAAGAUUCUAUGUAAUUCUUCUCUGUUUUCAGUUGAGAUAAAUGAAAUGUAUUCUGUUGCGUUAGACAGUAUUGUACACUUCAGAGCGAUUUGUUUGGAGCUGACUCAACUUUACUGCUUACGUAUGACUGUUAGAACAGUAAAUAAUUCAAAUCCACGAUUAAAUACUAAUCUUAAAAGUAAUUUAAUCUGAAUUUUGAUAAUGGUAUUUCUUCCAUGCAAGAUAUAAUGCAUAUACUACUGCAUAUUGUCAAUUGAAAUGGGCUAUGGCAUUUCCUACACACCAUAAUUGUUAUAUUAUGAUGAAUCAAUUGUCAGAGCUGAUUGUGUUAGAAGAAGGUGCAUUAUGUGGAGGCGAGGUCGUAAAUGAUGCCUCCUGCUUCUUGCACUCGGAAUUAAAAGCAUAUUAUUAUUUUUUAAAAUGUGAUCUCGGAAAUUUAAGGUAUCAAAUUCUGUCUUGUGUAACAUGAAAAGAGACUAACCAAAUUUGUUAUAUUUAAGUGACUGUAAAUUCUGUAAUCAUCAAGGAGCUCAAAAGUUGAAAUUACAAACAACACUCAUAGUGUACAGUAUAAAUCAGCAAACUUGAUGGGAAAUUGUUUGCAUUGGGUGUGUUGGUUUUAGAAUACUUCCUCUGCUUCCUUGGCCCUACAACCCAGUUGUGGGUGUUUGUCGACUCCUUUUCGGAGGUUUCCUAGUCUUUGAAGUAUGCAUUUGUACUGCUUCAGCACAGGUUCAACUCAAUCCUGAUUUGACUGCUAGAAUCAUCUAGUAGUGAAUCAAGAGAGACUUGGAUAAGAAAUGGCCGUUGAAUUUUGCUAAUGAAACGUCUCGUUCAUGCUACCUAAACAUAGCUCUGUGCGAAGGUGAUAAAUACAAAGAAAAAUGUAUUUCUUUUCAUUAUUUUGCACGAUUAUGUCAAUUCUAAGUACUGUAUAACAUAAAACAUUUCUCCUUCUAAUGUACAUAUAAUUUUAUUCUCAUUGCUCUGUGGUUGGAUGUUAAUUAUACCAUCAGGUGACACCUUCCUUGCAUAUUUAUUAUUUAAUGGUUCAUCAUUAUCAUCAUCAUUUCCAACAGAAUGUUCAGUUUUUCUAGGUACAUUUUGAAAUUGUUAACAUUUUUUAGGGUGUUGGUUGCGAUUGAAAAUGUUUGUUAAAAUCCAUAAAAUCUGAAGUUCCUUUUUCAGAGCUAGAAAUAAUUUCAUCUUAUAUAAUAGUAAUUUGUGAAUUUAAAAGAAAGAGCUGUGAUGAGAAUAUUUGUAUUUGGUGGGAAAAUAGCAUUGUUUGAUACAUUUGCUGGUAACGUAUCUGCAGUAAAACAGGAUGUCCAACUUUUCUUUCAGUUAUUAUCCUAAGAUAAAAAUGCUGUGAAUAUUAGUUUAUCGCUUAAAAUUCUUCAGUUGUAAUCACUUCAAAGACGCAAGAUCAUAUUUUGAGGUGUUCAUCGUGAAAGUAAUUUUUAUAGUAGUGUAAGUUUCUCAAAGAUGCAAACAUAAGUCUGUAAAUGAGUUCAUGAUAUAUGUAUUACGGUUGUUCUUAUAUUCCUUUGUUACGAGGUGUUGUUAUAAUUAUUUUAAAAUGACUAGGCAGCAAAACAAUUUUUUAAUAUUUUCACAAAUGAUGUCAAUGUGAAACAAUAUUAGUGCAUGUUCUGAUAGUGUCUAAUGGUGAAACGGGGAAAUGCCACGUCCUAUCGAUACCUGAUCAGUGGCGGAAGAGUGUAUAGAAUCUUGAUGCUGUUAAAGAUAUAUAUUGUGUCUGUUUCAUCAAAUUUUGAAAUUGGAUUACAAUAUUUAUUUUUCUUGUGCAGAAACAUCACUUCAGGUGCGCAUGUUCCUGUGUUGAGUCUUUAAUAUAGUUAAUUUGUUGUAAGACUUACAAACAUUUUUAAAAAUUAAUAUAAUAAUAAUAUUAAUUAUUGAAUUGUUACCAGCUCUUCCAGUUUUAAAGAUUGAAAGUGAACCUUGAAAACUAAUUUAAAAUAUGCAAGAUGUUUAGAAAUAUUGGAAUGUUUAAAGAUACUUUGUAUAUUAUUACUGUGUUUGUGAGAUUGAUGUAGGAUGACAUCAUUUGAGUAUAAAGAAAUGGGCAGCUUUCAAAAAAUUGCUUUACUGCUCGUAUGUUAGGAUUCUAUCUGUUUUACUAUGUACAGAUUAAUGUUUUUAUUCUUUUGUGAGAUUUUAUAAUUGUUUCAUAAAUAUGAAAAGUAAUGCUUGUGCAAAACAUUUAAACAUUUACAUUUUUGAAUUUGUGUGAGAUAUUUAAAAAAUGGUGCUAAUAAGGGAAGACUUAAGACUUUCAGUUUCUGUGGAAGAAAUUGUUACAAAAUAAAGAAUUAUGAAGUAUGAAAUGUUAUGUACCAGUUGGUACCUUGGAAUGGAAAUGGUUAAAAAGUGCUCUUCAAAAAGGAAAUAAAACAAAAAAAGAGAGAGGGUAAUGUACAAUAUGAGAUUCA